CCCCAGGUGACUCAAAGAGGGUCCCAGGAAACCUGUGAAUGUUGAAGAGGAGUCAUCUGUGAAUUUUUGGUAUUUGAGGAGUCAGCAUUUAUAUUCAUCUUUUUAACUGGGAAGAUUUGUAGUUUAUUUUAAAACGUCUUGAUAUUUACAAUGAAUGGACACAGUGAUGAAGAAAGUGUUAGAAACAGCAGUGGAGAAUCAAGCCAGUCAGAUGAGGAUUCUGGGUCAGCAUCAGGCUCUGGAUCAGGCUCGAGCUCUGGCAGCAGUAGUGAUGGAAGUAGUAGCCAGUCUGGGAGCAGCGAUGCUGAUUCUGGCUCUGACUCUGGAAGUCAAUCAGAGUCUGAAUCGGACACAUCCAGAGAGAACAAAGUUCAAGCAAAACCACCGAAAGUUGAUGGAGCUGAGUUUUGGAAAUCUAGCCCUAGUAUUCUGGCUGUUCAGAGAUCUGCGAUGCUCAAGAAGCAGCAACAGCAGCCACAGCCGCAGCAACAGCCAGCUUCAUCUAACAGUGGAUCAGAAGAGGAUUCCUCUAGCAGUGAAGAUUCUGAGGACUCCUCCAGCGAGGUCAAAAGGAAAAAGCAUAAAGAUGAAGAUUGGCAGAUGUCUGGAUCAGGAUCUCCAUCUCAGUCUGGUUCAGAUUCCGAAUCUGAAGAAGAGAGAGAUAAAAGCAGCUGUGAUGAGACAGAGUCAGAUUAUGAGCCGAAAAACAAGGUCAAAAGCAGAAAACCACAAAAUAGAUCUAAGUCAAAAAAUGGAAAAAAAAUUCUUGGUCAAAAAAAGAGACAGAUUGAUUCAUCUGAAGAUGAAGAUGAUGAAGAUUAUGAUAAUGAUAAACGAAGUUCUCGUCGUCAAGCCACAGUCAAUGUGAGCUACAAGGAAGAUGAAGAAAUGAAAACAGAUUCUGAUGACCUGCUGGAAGUCUGUGGAGAGGAUGUUCCUCAACCUGAGGAGGAGGAGUUUGAAACAAUAGAAAGGUUUAUGGAUUGCAGAGUUGGGAGAAGAGGAGCUACUGGUGCUACUACAACCAUCUAUGCAGUUGAAGCAGAUGGUGACCCAAAUUCAGGAUUUGAAAAAAACAAGGAGCCAGGAGAGAUACAGUAUUUAAUUAAAUGGAAAGGAUGGUCACAUAUCCACAAUACUUGGGAGACAGAAGAAACCCUCAAGCAGCAGAAUGUUAGAGGAAUGAAAAAGUUGGAUAAUUAUAAGAAAAAAGAUCAGGAAACAAAAAGAUGGUUGAAAAAUGCUUCACCAGAAGAUGUGGAAUAUUAUAAUUGCCAACAAGAACUUACAGAUGAUCUACAUAAACAGUAUCAGAUAGUGGAACGUAUAAUUGCUCAUUCCAAUCAGAAGUCAGCAGCUGGUUUUCCUGAUUAUUACUGCAAAUGGCAGGGGCUUCCAUACUCAGAGUGCAGCUGGGAAGAUGGCGCUCUCAUUUCCAAAAAGUUUCAAGCAUGUAUCGAUGAAUAUUUUAGCAGGAAUCAGUCAAAAACCACUCCUUUUAAAGACUGCAAAGUAUUGAAGCAAAGACCAAGAUUUGUAGCCCUGAAGAAGCAACCAGCAUAUAUUGGAGGACAUGAAGGUUUAGAAUUAAGAGAUUAUCAACUCAAUGGUUUAAAUUGGCUUGCCCAUUCUUGGUGCAAAGGAAAUAGUUGCAUACUUGCUGAUGAAAUGGGCCUUGGAAAAACAAUACAGACGAUCUCAUUUUUGAAUUAUUUGUUUCAUGAACAUCAAUUAUAUGGACCUUUUCUAUUAGUUGUGCCACUCUCCACUCUGACUUCUUGGCAAAGAGAGAUUCAGACGUGGGCUUCUCAGAUGAAUGCUGUUGUUUAUUUAGGUGAUAUCAACAGUAGAAACAUGAUCAGAACUCAUGAAUGGAUGCAUCCCCAGACCAAACGGUUAAAAUUUAAUAUACUUUUAACAACUUAUGAAAUUUUAUUGAAGGAUAAGGCAUUCCUUGGCGGUCUGAAUUGGGCAUUUAUAGGUGUUGAUGAAGCACAUAGAUUAAAAAAUGACGACUCCCUUCUGUAUAAAACUUUAAUUGAUUUUAAGUCCAAUCACCGACUCCUUAUCACUGGAACUCCUCUGCAAAACUCCCUGAAAGAGCUCUGGUCAUUGCUACAUUUCAUUAUGCCAGAAAAGUUUUCUUCCUGGGAAGAUUUUGAAGAAGAACAUGGUAAAGGCAGAGAAUAUGGUUAUGCAAGCCUUCACAAAGAGCUUGAGCCAUUUCUGUUACGUCGAGUUAAGAAAGAUGUGGAAAAAUCUCUUCCUGCCAAGGUUGAGCAGAUUUUAAGAAUGGAAAUGAGUGCUUUACAGAAGCAGUAUUACAAAUGGAUUUUAACUAGGAAUUACAAAGCCCUCAGCAAAGGUUCCAAGGGCAGUACCUCAGGCUUUUUGAACAUUAUGAUGGAGCUAAAGAAAUGUUGUAACCAUUGCUACCUCAUUAAACCACCAGAUAAUAAUGAAUUCUAUAAUAAACAAGAGGCCUUACAACACUUAAUCCGUAGUAGUGGAAAAUUAAUUCUUCUAGACAAGCUGUUAAUUCGCCUAAGAGAAAGAGGCAACCGAGUACUCAUUUUUUCUCAAAUGGUGCGGAUGUUAGAUAUACUUGCAGAAUAUUUGAAGUACCGUCAGUUCCCCUUUCAAAGAUUAGAUGGAUCAAUAAAAGGGGAGCUGAGGAAACAAGCCCUAGAUCAUUUUAACGCUGAGGGCUCGGAGGAUUUCUGCUUUUUGCUUUCUACAAGAGCUGGGGGCUUAGGGAUUAAUUUAGCCUCUGCUGACACUGUUGUUAUAUUUGAUUCUGAUUGGAAUCCACAAAAUGACCUUCAGGCACAGGCAAGAGCUCAUCGAAUUGGGCAGAAGAAACAGGUGAAUAUAUAUCGUCUAGUUACAAAAGGAUCUGUUGAAGAAGAUAUUCUUGAAAGGGCCAAAAAGAAAAUGGUUUUAGAUCAUCUUGUGAUUCAGAGAAUGGACACCACUGGGAAGACUGUACUGCACACAGGUUCUGCUCCAUCAAGUUCUACCCCUUUCAAUAAAGAAGAAUUAUCAGCCAUCUUAAAGUUUGGUGCUGAGGAGCUUUUUAAGGAACCUGAAGGAGAAGAACAAGAGCCCCAGGAAAUGGAUAUAGAUGAAAUCUUGAAGAGAGCGGAAACUCAUGAAAAUGAGCCAGGCCCCCUAACCGUAGGAGAUGAAUUACUUUCCCAAUUCAAGGUUGCCAACUUUUCAAAUAUGGAUGAAGACGACAUUGAAUUGGAACCUGAAAGAAAUUCAAAAAACUGGGAGGAAAUCAUUCCAGAAGAUCAAAGAAGACGAUUAGAAGAGGAAGAAAGGCAAAAGGAACUUGAAGAAAUUUAUAUGCUCCCAAGAAUGAGAAACUGUGCAAAACAGAUAAGUUUCAAUGGAAGUGAAGGGAGGCGCAGUAGAAGCAGGAGAUACUCUGGAUCUGAUAGUGAUUCAGUCUCAGAAAGGAAAAGGCCAAAGAAACGUGGAAGACCACGAACUAUCCCUCGGGAGAAUAUUAAAGGAUUUAGUGAUGCAGAAAUUAGGCGGUUUAUCAAGAGCUAUAAGAAAUUUGGUGGCCCUCUGGAAAGAUUAGAUGCAAUUGCUCGAGAUGCCGAAUUAGUUGAUAAAUCAGAAACAGACCUUAGACGGCUAGGAGAAUUGGUGCAUAAUGGUUGCAUUAAAGCAUUAAAGGAUAGUUCUUCAGGGACAGAACGAACAGGUGGUAGACUUGGAAAAGUGAAGGGGCCAACAUUCCGAAUAUCAGGAGUACAAGUGAAUGCCAAACUAGUCAUCGCCCAUGAAGAAGAAUUGAUACCUUUGCACAAAUCCAUUCCUUCAGAUCCAGAAGAAAGAAAGCAGUACACAAUCCCAUGCCACACAAAGGCAGCUCAUUUUGAUAUAGACUGGGGCAAAGAAGAUGAUUCCAAUUUGUUAAUCGGUAUCUAUGAGUAUGGAUAUGGAAGCUGGGAAAUGAUCAAAAUGGAUCCUGACCUCAGUUUAACACACAAGAUUCUUCCAGAUGAUCCCGAUAAAAAACCACAAGCAAAACAGUUGCAGACGCGUGCAGACUACCUCAUCAAAUUACUUAGUAGAGAUCUUGCAAAAAAAGAGGCUCAGAGACUUGCUGGUGCAGGAGGCUCAAAAAGGAGAAAAACAAGAACUAAGAAGAAUAAAGCACUGAAAUCCUUAAAACUGAAAGAAGAAUCAAAGAGUGACUCUUCUCCCCUGCCUUCAGAGAAAUCUGAUGAAGAUGAUGAUAAAAUGAGUGAAUCGAAGUCUGAAAGUAAAGAACGGUCCAGAAAGUGUGUGGUAUCAGAUGCUCCGGUUCAUAUCACUGCAAGUGGGGAGCCAGUGCCCAUAGCUGAAGAAUCUGAAGAGCUGGAUCAGAAGACUUUCAGUAUUUGUAAAGAAAGAAUGAGACCUGUCAAAGCAGCUUUGAAACAACUUGAUAGGCCUGAGAAAGGCCUUUCAGAAAGAGAACAACUGGAACAUACUAGACAGUGCUUAAUAAAAAUUGGAGACCAUAUCACAGAAUGCCUGAAAGAAUACACCAAUCCUGAGCAAAUUAAGCAGUGGAGAAAAAACCUGUGGAUUUUUGUAUCUAAGUUUACUGAGUUUGAUGCUAGAAAACUGCAUAAAUUGUAUAAGCAUGCUAUUAAAAAAAGACAAGAAUCUCAGCAAAACAAUGACCAGAACAGCACCAUGAAUACUCAUGUGAUUAGAAAUCCAGACAUGGAAAGGUUAAAGGAGAACACAAAUCAUGACGACAGCAGCAGAGACAGCUACUCUUCUGACAGACACUUAUCUCAGUACCAUGAUCACCAUAAAGACCGCCACCAGGGAGAUUCUUAUAAAAAAAGUGAUUCCAGGAAAAGACCCUACUCUUCAUUUAGUAAUGGCAAAGAUCAUCGUGAAUGGGAUCACUACAAGCAGGACAGCAGAUACUACAGUGACAGAGAGAAACACAGAAAACUAGAUGAUCACAGGAGUAGAGAUCACAGGUCAAGUUUGGAAGGAAGUUUAAAGGAUAGAUGCCAUUCUGAUCAUCGAUCUCAUUCAGACCAUCGAUUGCAUCCAGACCAUCGGACAAGUUCUGAAUAUACACACCAUAAAUCUUCCAGGGAUUAUAGGUAUCACUCAGAUUGGCAAAUGGACCACCGAGCUGCCAGCAGUGGCCCAAGGUCACCUUUAGAUCAGAGGUCUCCUUAUGGCUCUAGGUCUCCAUUUGAACAUUCGGCUGAACAUAGAAGUACACCUGAGCACACCUGGAGUAGUCGGAAAACAUAACAGAAACUGAUGCUCUGUCUUUCUGGACUUUAUUUAGCCAUAGAUCAUAAACCAACACAGUAAUUGCCUUACAUGACUUGAAAGAUAUAAACAGAUCUUUUAUCAGUAGCAGUAUUGUUACUUCUCUCCAGGAUGCAAGGUCUAUUAUCCCAACAGAAGAGAAUAUUUUUAUAUUUAAGGAUUAUGCUGCACUGUACUACAAUUAUUGUAGUACUUUUUUUUUUCUUUUUUAAAGAAAUGGAAAAUGUUUACUAUAACAGGGACCUCAACACUGCCCUCCCAUGUAGGCUGAAUAAAACUGUUUUUACGUCAGUGAUUUUUAGACUGACCUCCAUUUAAAUUAUGUUUGUAUAUGAACUUUACUCUGACCUGUGAUCAUGUUUCAGGAAGGAAUGAAAGAGAGUUCUUUUCUUAAUAAGAAAAAACACUCAAGGACUUUGUUCACUUUCCAAAGCUGCUUGUUUACAUUGUACACUGCGACCACCUUGCCGCUUUCAUCACAAGCUUGAAUAUUUAAAUUCUGUACUUAUCUGUAAUAUAGCCGGGAAGUUCCUGUUUGUGAUCUAGUAUUAUGCCUUUUUACAAAAGAAAAGAUGGCUGUAAAUUAUUGUAAAUGUAUUAAAUGAGCUUUUCUUACUUCCUUUCCUUUCUCAGGCUUUUUUUGACUGUUCCUUUCCCUACCAACUCAGGCCUUCUUAUUAAAAAUCAGUGUAAUAACACUUUUUAAUGAUUUGUCUUGAUGGAAUCAUUGUUUAGAAUGUAAAAAUGGGGAAAGGGGCCACUUAUUUCCUUUAGUCCUCUUUUUAUAUCGAAUAUUUUUAUUAGAUACAUGUUAUACCGCUCCUUUUUUAAAUCAAUGUUGUGUUUGUAGUAAAAAACAGAAAAAGAAAAAAAAAAAAACUGGUGAGAUACUAUGUAAACUCUAAACUGCAUGCUCUGGAAACUUUUCAGAUGCAUCUGGUUUAAAAGGGUAGGUGUAUGAACACUCUCAGAAUCCAAAAUGGCCAAAAGUUAUUGUAAAUCCAUUUGUUUUCCCUUUUUAUGUGGGCAAUAAUGUCAAAUGUGCUAUGCAGCCAGGUUAGCAAUUUAGAUGAACUUGAUUGACUUUUAAUAUAAACUGUUACAAUGCACACUGAUUGUAUAUAAAAACCUUAUAUAUGACAAAUUAAAUUAAGAAAAAGGAUAUGUGGGCUCCUGUAGUUUUCUGCUGCUGCAUUCUUAUUCCCUCAAGCACUUAAUCUUUUUUAAAAGCAACAUUUAGCUGCCAGAAGAAAGAUAAACAGCUGAAAAUUGGUGAUGUGCAGCUCUUCUGCUGCCUCACCUUGACAACUUGACUCUUCCUAUGAAGUGAAACAGGUCAUAGGGAUCUUUGCUCCUUGCAGAUACAAUUUCUGGAUGCCUUAUUUAUUCAUAGAUUUUUGUUAUGUUCAGUAGAAAAUUUUGAAUUAAAUGGCUUACAUUUUGGAUAUAUGCAAAUUUGAAUCUUCGCAAUGUAAAUACGUGCGUAUGUUCCCAUACUACUCCUGGACACGUUCCCAUGGAUUAACUGUGGGAACAAUCUAAAGUUGGUCUGUGAAUUUGUUUUUUAAUAUCUUCCUUUUAUAGAGUUAACUCUAAAAUUUAUUCUGUAUUUACAAAACAGACUUUUUUUUUUUUUUAAAGCAGUGAUUGUUUGACAUAUAGUUACCCAGAAGAAAAUGAUGUUUAUCUUUGAUAUAUGAGAUAUGUAUGUGGGAACAGCCCAGUUUUUAAGCAUCUAGUUAUAAAUUAAUUAAAAAUGAUGAAGGAAUUCAGUGCUGGCACAAUUUUUUAAACUUCCAUUUUCUCCAUGUCUUAUGUAAAUGAUCAUUUUAUUCAAGAAGACUAACAUGAUGAGUAAAGUCAUGAUAAGAAUACAUAAAAUGGACCAAAGUUGGCACUGCACCACUUCGCAGCUAGGUUUGCAUUAGCCUGUUGUACACAUUUUAUACAAUACUGCAUUUUUGGAGAAUGGGCUCUUAAGUUUUUAACAGUUUGACAUUUAAUUGACUAUUUCAGUUAACUAGCAGAGUUGAAUGAAACAUCUAAAAUUGUGUGUAACAUUUAUUGACAAAAUAUGUUAAUUAUUUGUAAAAAGUCAGCAAUUUAUGUAGUAAAGGAGCAAGCCAUAAAGACACAAUGGAGAACCCAACCAUAGCUCUAGCAGGGAACAUUAUAUAGUCUGCUUAUUUUUGUCUUUUACAUGCUCAUUCUGCUCUUUUUAUCCAUUUGUUCAGUUUUUAAGGAUGAGAGAUGAUGCAUAGCAUUGUACCAUUUAACCUUCCGUUUUAAUAAUAAAUAAAAGAUUCUUACGAAAAGCAAUGGCUUGUCUGCUUAUAAAGAAAAUACUCUGAUUAGCGCAUGUUAAGAAUUAGUCUUCAGACUGGAAACCAAUGACAGACUGGAGUUUGAAAAAGGUUCAGUAAUUUCAGAGUGACUUAAAAGGAGAACCAUUGCAAUUUGGUAUAAUGUGGCCUAUUUAGCAUGUGAGCAUUUCUGUCUUUAAUCUGUUUUUGCAGUUUAUAAUGAAAGGGUUAUAAUGAAAGUAGAUAUUCUGGUCACUAGUUUACACAGUUUAUCUUCAAUUUUCAUAAGACUUGUCAAGAAUUUUCAUAAGGCUUUUGCUUUUGUUUUGAGACAUUGUCUUACUAUGUAGCUCUGGUUGUCCUGGAACUCACUGUAUGUAACACAGGUUGGUCUUGAAAAAAAUCAUCCUCCUGAAAUUUUUUUUUUUCAUCUGCCAUUUAAUUUAGUCAGAAAAUUAUCUUUGGAUCAUAAGUGACUGUCAUUGUUAAAUAUUAGCUUUAAAAAGAGGAUUGUGAUUUUGAAACACAACUCAUCUUUGUCAGUUUUUUUAAGGCUUUCCUAGCUUCUGAAUAUGAAGAUACCUUGGUAAAUGCAGGUUAAUUGUUACAAAAAAAAAACCCAACCACACACAACUUUGACUCAUUGCUGCAGUACUGUGUGUAAGGUUUAUAGAGGUGAAGGAUAUUAAAUGGGAGGGAUAGUCAAAUCUUUUGUUAAAAUUUCUAGACUGUUCAAUUAAGAGGUGUUAGGAAGAAAGCAAACAUUUCCACUGAAAUUAUAUUUUUCUCUUGUAAAUGACAAGUGAAUGAUUUUGUAAAAGGACUUGUGCUUCUUUUUAGAUAAGGUUAACCAAAGUACAGGCAUAGAUUCUCUAGGGGCACCUCUUAUCCUGGAUCAUUUACCCCAAACACUGCUACCCAUCUUGGUCUAUGACAAGAGAGAAACUACCAAAUGAAAGAGAUAACUUUAAAUUCUGGGUUCCAUUUUAGUUGAAGCUUUUUUCAAUAUUAAGAAUUUUAUUUUAUUCUGACAUUUUUAUUUUAUUCUGAUAUACAAAAUAACCAUUGUGCACCUCAUUUUAUCAGAUUUACAGCAUUCUGAGUAAGGAACUGUGUAAGGAGGUGAAAACCACUAUGCCAAACUUAGUUUUUAUACAUAUAAUAAGAAACAAAACUUAGUUUACCAUAAGUUUAUUGCAAGAUUAGUACAAACUGUACACCUGGUAAACUGUGAAAACCAACUUGACCUAGCUAUGCUUGAACACAAGAGAUGCCCAGUGUCAGCCUUUUUUCGCCAGCUGUCUUGUCCAAGCAGACCACCCCACCCAGUCAAUAUGUGUGAGUGCUGAGAAAGACACGAAGGCAACAGCUUCAAGAGAUCAAGGCCAGUCUGGUAGUGAACUCCAGGCCAGUUGGGGCUACAGGGAGACAAUGUCUUUCUAAAAAUUUUAUUUAUAUGGUAUCUUGUGAUGCUUUCACAUGUAUAAAUUGUGUAAUGUUUAAAUGAUAAACAUAUCUACCAAAAAACUUAUUUUUUAUGGUAGCAAGACUCAAAAUCUCUUUUUGUACCUUUUUCAAAUAUGCAGCACAUCAUUUGCCAUAGUCACCCUACUGUGUAAAAGCACACCAGAUCUUCCUAUUCCCACCUACACAUAACUUAGUUCCCACUGAUCUUCUGUUCAUCAUUUCUCCCUCCUACUCUUUCCAGCUGGCCACCACCACUCUAGUAUAUCAACUUUCUAAAUUCCACAUACAAGUGCAAUGUAAUACUUGUUUCUCUGUCUUAACUCAGUAUGUUCAUCAAUCCCACUAAUUUCAUGAAUGACAGUAUUCCACUAUUUAAUGAGUGAACAGUGUUCCAUCAUUUGAAUGUACCAACUCUCCCUGACCCUGCCUUCUCCCCUGUCAGCUGUCCCACAUUUCUAUAUUCUUGUUUUUGGUUAUUGUGGAUAGUGCUAGUGAAUAUAGGUGUGCAGAUGUCUCAGACAUCUGUUUUCAUUCCUUUGGAUUUGUACCCACUGGUGGAAUCACUGAGUCA